AUGAAAAAAUUUAAAAGCACUUUGGAAAUUGCUCAGCAAGCCGAUUUAAUUAUUCAGCCGACCGGGCCGAGUGUGGAUGAUUGUGAACCGGCCGUGAAAGAAUUUCAUGCCUUAAAAGAAGCCGGAAUUAGUAAGAAAAAAUUAUUAUUUGUUCUGAACCAUUUAACCACUGCUGGUGAAGAAAGUAAUGCCCGUGAAUAUUUAACCCAAGCUGGUUAUUUAGUGUUGAAUACUGGUUUAAUCGAAAAAGCCUCCUACCGCCACGCCCAAAACCAAGGACUAGCGAUUACCGAAACAAUUUACCCCAGUUUAAAAAAGCAAGCCCAAAAAUUAAUUGAUGAAAUAAUUGACAAAAUUUAA